AUGGUGUUUUGUAGUAGGGGGAAUGUUGGUGCAUGGCUUUGCAACAAAAGUUUGUAUUUUAAACAAAGUGGUGUUUGCAGUAGGGGAAUGUUGGUGUGUAUGACCUGGAGUAAGCUGGCUUCUCACGAGGGUCCUCAUCGCCUAGUGAAUUCGACUAAUGGUGUCUUGCUACCUCCCAAACAAGAGGAUUUCACAUCUCCACUUCCAGGCUGGAUCAUCGAAUCAUUUAAAGCACUGAAGUUCAUUUAUUCAAAGCACUUCAAUGUUCCGGCAAGAUAUGCAGUCGAGCUCGUUGCAAGGAGAGAAAGUGCCAUUGCACAGGUUCUCAUGACAGUCCCCAAUAAAACAUACAAGAUGACAUUAGUCAUCGGAGAUGCUAGGAACGGUUUCCAUGGAGAAAUGAUGGUGGAGGCAUUCGCCGCCAAACAAACCGCCAAAGUUCUCUUCACGUCUAGGGAGAAAGGUGAAUUCAAGGCUGCAAGCUUGGUUUUCAAAGAAGAUUCAGCCAGGACAAGGAUUACAUUCUACAGCUCCUACCACCACACCAAGACUAAUGACUUUGGGUCUCUCUGCGGUUCUGUUUUUGGAUGA